GGAGUUGGUUUGGGAGGAGGAAGGGGGUGGGGGAGGGAAGUCGCGAGCGAGCGGGCGGGUGGACAGACAGACAGACGGCGGCACCACCACCUCCUCCUCCUCCCGAGUGUUGGAAGCGACAGCUGAAAUUCCAGGAACAGUUUUUUUUCCAGUAAACGGCCUUGUAAUCACCCAUUUGAUGAAGAACAUGGAUUAGCACUUGGAAUAUCACCACUUUGCAGCAAGUUUCCAGGACUGGAACCUCUGAAAGAGGGGUGCUAGAGAAAUGAGUUUGCAUCGCAAUCAGCAAAUGGGAUCAGACCGUGAUCUGCAGUCCGCUGCAUCUUCAGUUAGUUUACCUUCUGUUAAAAAGGCACCAAAGAAACGUCGCCUUUCACUCGGGUCUCUGUUUCGAAGGAAAAAAGAGUCAAAACGAAAGUCCAGGGAUUUAAAUGUUGGAGUUGAUGGAAUUGCAAGUAUUGAAAGCAUUCAUUCAGAACUAUGUAAUGAUAAGAACUCCAUAUUGUCAACCUGUGGCUCUUCUGAAAGUGGGACUGCAUCUACUGACAAACAAAAUGGAGACUUUCUUGAAUGCCCUCUGUGCCUUUUGCGUCUCUCUAGGGACAAAUUUCCGGAUAUUAUGACUUGCCCCCACAGGUCAUGUGCAGACUGCUUGCGGCAGUACUUGAGGAUAGAGAUCUCUGAAAGUCGGGUUAAUAUCAGCUGCCCAGAGUGUACAGAGAGAUUCAAUCCACAUGAUAUUCAAUUAAUUUUAAAUGAUGUUGCGCUUAUGGAGAAAUAUGAGGAGUUUAUGCUACGCCGGUGGCUGGUGGCAGAUCCAGACUGCAGAUGGUGCCCGGCUCCAGAUUGUGGUUACGCAGUGAUAGCGUUUGGCUGUGCCAGCUGUCCAAAGCUCACUUGUGCCCGUGAAGGAUGUGGCACUGAGUUCUGCUACCACUGUAAACAAAUAUGGCAUCCAAAUCAGACUUGUGAUGCAGCACGUCAACAGAGAGCACAGAGUUUGCGAUUAAGAACAAUACGCUCUUCGUCAAUCAGCUACAGUCAGGAAUCUGGUGCAGCAGGUACAGAAAACUGGACUCUUCGUAGAUACGUUCAGGACGAGAUUUCGGGAAGAAAGGGGUUACCUGAAAUAAACAGCCUCCUGGUCAAUCAGAUUUUACCAUCUCGCUCCACAGCAGAUGAUAUUAAACCUUGCCCACGAUGUGCAGCAUACAUAAUAAAAAUGAAUGAUGGAAGCUGUAAUCAUAUGACUUGUGCAGUAUGUGGUUGUGAGUUCUGUUGGCUUUGUAUGAAAGAAAUCUCUGAUCUGCACUAUUUAAGUCCUUCUGGCUGUACAUUUUGGGGAAAGAAACCUUGGAGUCGUAAGAAGAAGAUUCUGUGGCAGCUUGGCACAUUGGUCGGUGCUCCAGUAGGAAUAGCACUCAUUGCAGGGAUUGCCAUUCCAGCCAUGAUUAUUGGGAUCCCUGUAUAUGUAGGCCGAAAGAUUCACAAUCGCUACGAGGGAAAGGAUAUUUCAAAACACAAGCGGAACUUGGCAAUCACUGGAGGUGUGACGUUAUCAGUAAUUGUUUCUCCUGUUGUUGCUGCAGUAACUGUAGGAAUUGGGGUUCCCAUCAUGCUGGCAUACGUCUAUGGAGUAGUCCCCAUUUCUCUCUGCCGUAGUGGUGGCUGUGGUGUUUCUGCUGGUACUGGAAAGGGUGUGCGGAUAGAAUUUGAUGAUGAAAAUGAUAAUGCUGGCGGAGGAAAUGCAGCAUUAGAUACCACGUUUGUUGUUGAGUCUCGCAAUAACCCCAGUAUUGGUGAGGGAAGUGUUGGGGGCCUAACGGGCAGUUUGAGUGCCAGUGGCAGUCACAUGGACAGAAUAGGUGCAAUACGAGAUAACCUGAGUGAAACUGCGAGCACCAUGGCACUGGCUGGAGCCAGUAUCACAGGCAGCCUUUCUGGGAGUGUCAUGGUCAACUGUUUCAAUAGGUUAGAGGUGCAGGCAGAUAUCCAGAAGGAACGAUACAGUCUCAGUGGUGAAUCUGGCACAGUAAGCAUUGGGACCAUCAGUGACAAUGCCAGCACAAGGGCCAUGGCAGGAUCAAUUAUCAAUUCCUACAACCCACUGGACAGGGAAGGAAACAGUCUAGAGGUGCAAGUUGACAUUGAAUCGAAGCCUGCAAAGUUCAGACACAACAGUGGAAGCAGUAGUGUAGAAGAUAGUAGCGUGCCUGGUCGCAAUGUAGCCAUUUUACCUACAGCCCCUGUUGCGGACAAUCGAUGUGGUGCCUCCAAGUGGCCGAAAGAAACAACAACUAAAAAGUGCAAAGGAAAAUUGCAGAAAAGAGGCAGUAUGAAGAUAAAUGAAACUCGAGAGGAGAUGGAUGCACAGUUACUUGAACAAAGAAGCACCAAUUCAAGUGAAUUUGAUUCGCCGUCACUUAGUGACAGUAUACCAUCUGUGGCAGACUCUCACUCCAGCCAUUUCUCAGAAUUUAGUGGAUCUGAUAUGGAGAGCAUGAAAACAUCCUGUAGCCAUGGUUCCAGUGACUAUCACAGUCGGUUUUCAGCAGUCAGUCCCCUACCAGAGGUGGAGAACGAUCGUCUGGAGACAUGCCCGUCGCAGGGUGGUCUUGUUGCUUCUGUUGCAACUGGGCCAAGUGCAGAUGUCUUGCAGUUGAGCUUCAUUGCAGAAGAGAAUGGUGCUGCAACUUCAGCAGUGCCAAAUUAUGCUAUUGAGGAGGCAGAAAACGUAACCAAUAAUAACCAGCAGCAACAGACCAGUGCAAUUCAUACUGAGAUUUAAUCCUGCCAUGCUGCAGAUCUAAUCAUAAGAUGUCGCUAAUCAGUCCUGCUUACAGUUGAUUAUAUGGUAAUUGAUAUAAAAGGAAACUAAUAACUUGGAAACUGAAACUGGUGCUUAUUAACCAACAAGAUCAUGGAUUUUGAAGGUCAAAAUAAAGUGUAGGUGUCAGGGUUAAAUAUGUCAUUACAGAUCUGUCUCCCACUUAUCCAGUUCAAUUUUAAAGGUUGGGGAGAGCAGGAGGUAGUUUUUUUGAGAUGUUUAUUGGGCAGUGUUAAUGUCUGACAGGUAACAUGUUGAGUGAGAAGUGACGGUCCAUUUUUCUGUCACUUGUAUGUGCGUGAUAUAGUGCAAAAAUGCAAAGAAAGUGCAACUGAACUUGUCAAAAUCCCGAAGUGCAAGCAGAAAUCAGUUGAAGAUUACAUCAGAAAAACACAUUCUUGGACUGUGGGUAAUUCCUUUCAAUUAUCAAAGAUCAACCUUUCCUCCCUCACUGUUUCCUGGUGCCUUUGGAAAAGACUGUGUUUAAUACCUACGUUAUUGAGGAUAUAUUUAUACUUCUCCAAAAAAAAAUCUGUAUUGGAUUACAGUGUAUCACAGAAGAAUGCUAAAAAUGCAGUUGGAUGAAAGUUGUGUAAUAUGAAUGAAUUAUCUUAAGAUAUAACCCUAUAUUAGCCUACCAAAGACAGUACUCAGGCUUUAGAAAAUGUUUUGCAUAACUGAUUUAACUGGUUUCUUUGUUCAGAAAAAGCAAGUGUUCAUAACAAAUGAAUGCUGCCGAUGCAGUUUGUUACAGAUUAAAAGCACAGUGCAGAAUUUGCACAUUGCUUUGUUUAGAGCAUUAGAGAAGAUAGGUGAAGACUGGCCUUUUUUCCCCCUUGUGUGACGAGACACUAAAAAACUCACAAAGGCUGUCCUCAGCCUAUAAUGGUGCACUGUUAAAAUUACAACAUACUUCACAAAUGCAAAAUUGAGUCAUUUAAAUGUGAGUAUGUUUUGCGCAUUAUGCAGUGCUUGGUUUAUGUUGCCAUGUUGAUAAUGCUUGAAAUUUUCUCCUUAUGAACAGAAAAAUAAGAGAGUCACAAGUUUAUGGUCUUUUUAAUUUUCUUUGAGCUUUGGAACACUAGUGCCAGUUACAGUAUAUGUUGCAUAAUGCUUGUUUUGGUAUUUGUAUAUUUGUUUGCAAGCUGGUUUGCCUAACAGGAUGACUGUAAGAUGCAUAUCAAAAAUAAAGUACAAUUAAAAACCAA